ACCAGGCUAGGCAUCCCUGGACUGCAUUGUCAUUCUCAACCUGAAUUGCAUAACAAUUCAUGAUAUCCUCCUCUCUCAACCACUCUAAACUUGGAUAUAUGUAUAAACACAUUUCCAGUGAAGUAAAUGAGCCUGAGCUCUGGGAUACAACUUUUCGCAGAAUGACAGGCUACCUUGCACGGAGCAGCUUAGUCCAGCCCUUUUCUUUCCCCAGUUUGCCGCAUUAGAAUCGAGUUCCGAGCAAGACCCAACAUUAUCUUGGGCCGCUCUGUAGUGUAGCCGGCUCUCCUCCGCACUCGCGUUUCAACAACAACAACAACAGCAGCAGCAGCAAACAGCCUCAAGCCUGUCUCUGACUAUUGAAGCAACAGAAAUAGUGGUAAACGGAGAAAAAUGCGGUGAGGCAGAAAAAGAGAGACAACUGGAGUAUUUUAUCGGGAGGUACGUGGGGAUAUCAAGGUGUAUUACUCCCUGUCCACUCUGCGGCGGACCCAAGAGAGAGCACCAGAGGGGAGAGCGAGGGGCGCUGGGACACAUAGUCACGUUGCUUCCAGUCUGCACCUGCUGCAUCAUGGGUAACGUCGCUGGCAAGGACGACCAUGGCCCUACAGGGUCUCAUUUAGAUCUGUUCCACACUCCUCCCUCCUCCCCCUCUGAUUCUGACCUGGCUGCAGCUCUGGCCUUGGCUCCAGCCGCAGCUCAGCUGCUGCAGCAGGGGACACCGUCCUCUGGGGCCACCGGAGGCAUCGUCUGCCAGGGCGGAGCUUCCCCCUCCACCAACUCCAAUUGGAGCCACACGCUGUCCGUCCCGCCAGAAUGGGCCGUGAUUAGCCUAGAGAGCGGUGCAUCGACGCAGGGAACGGGGGUGGAAAUGGACCGUGGAAGGCGAACGGUGAGGUGCUCCAGCAGCCACAACAACCACAGCAGCAGCCCUGUGUCCCAAGGCCAGGGGCCUCCGUCGGAUCGUAGCCCUUUGAAGCAGAGCUUGCAGGACCGGGACAGUGGACUAGAGCCCCAGGCAGGGCCGGAGCGGGCUAGGGAGGAGAUGGCACUGGCUCUGCUGAACCUGCUGGAACAUCACAGGUCCACACUGGGGCUCAGUCCCGGCCUGGACGCACCAGCAGGAGCAGCCGAGUUGCUGAGGCGGUUGAUGGUGGAGAGAGAGGUGCUGGUCGAGGAGGUGCGCAGCCUGAAGGACACACUGAGGACUGAGCGAGCUGAGUGGCACCAGUUCCAGUGCGAUCUGCAGGUGGCGGUGUCUGUGGCCGACCGGCUGCGCGUGGAGGCGGAGGAGACUCUGGGCACGCUCAGAGAGAGCCACGGGGAACUGGAGGGCCAGCUGGCCCAGGCCCACUGCAGACAGCAGGACACAGACAGGGAACUGGAGAGCCUGAGUGCUGAACACAGAGAGGCCUGUCACAGACUGUCUGCUCUCACCCUGGAGCACCAACGUACCAUGGCUGAGCUGGACACACUGAGACACAUGCAGACAGAGAGAGGGAAGGACUCACACAGUCACAGAGAGAUGGAGGGAAGAGACACGGAAGAGAGGCCGGCUGGUGAAGACACUGGUGAAGACAUAAAUGCGGUGGAGGCGCUGGAUGGGGAGAAAAGAGAGGAUUCCAAAAGGGAAGUGGAAGGAGGGAAAAUAAUAACUAGUGAGGGAGUGGAUGUUAAGAUGGGAGGGCAGUCUCCUGAGGAGCUUGUUAGUGGAGGGGAGAACCUGCUCAAAGGGAAGGGGGUGGCGGAGACGUACCUACGGAAUUUGGUAGCAGCUGGAGAGAAGAAGGGGUGCGGCUUAAGAGAUCCACGGAGGAUCGUGAUGAUGUCAGAGCGUUCCAGGAGCCUCUCUCGUCUUCACCUGCCCACGGACUCUCUCCCUGCACAGAAGGAUAGCUCCCAGACCACCACUAGUACAACACUGCCUCUAUGCAAGAAAGAAGAGCCAGCCAAAGGGAGAAGGAUGGACCGCAUACUGCAAACACAGGAUACCUGGUCCAGCUUCUAUACAACAGAAAAACAGGAGGACGACCAGAACGCAGACCCACCGUCCUCGUUCAGACCUCAGGAUGGUUUCAGCAUGCUGCUGCGACGUCAUGGAGGCUCCAGGCGGAACUCACUCCUGCGCUGGUGUCAAAGCCGCACCCAGGGCUACAAGAAUAUUGAGAUCACCAACUUCAGCAGCAGCUGGGAGGACGGUCUGGCUUUUUGUGCUGUGUACCACACCUAUCUACCCACACACAUCCCAUACAGCAGUCUCAGCCCAGGAGACAAGAGUGAGAACCUGGGCCUUGCCUUCCAGACAGGGGAAAGUGUAGGAAUCACAUCCACACUGACUGUGGAAGAGAUGCUGAGACCAGGUGGGCCCGACUGGCAGAGGGUCCUGGGGUACGUUGAAAGCAUGUUUCGUCACUUUGAGAUGUGAGGUCAUUUUCCUUCUGGCUUCCCUCCCAAACUCGACAUCUAACUGGUCCGCCACCACCAGUCUGGUUCGUUUUCUUGCAUCAUGAACUGAAUGGAGAUAGCUGUUUGGCUGAAUUGACUGACGCACCACUAGGAAUUGUAGGACAACUGUUGGAAAUUAUUUCUACUUCAGCUUCACUCUCCGUGCGGACUCCUGCUGCCGCCAUUGGUUGUAGGUGCACUGUGGAUGGAAGGGAGGGUUUUAGGCUGAGAGCUGUUCUUUUGUUCAAUUUCAAUGUGAUUGCACUGAAUAUGAGAAGCCAUUGGAAAUGAGAACACAAGGAGCACCAUAAAUGAGGAAAUUGUGGAUGUGACUAUCUGAGGACUACAGUAUAUUCUAGACAAAUUGCACCAGGAAAAUUUCAGACUUCAAGACUUCACUUUGGGUGCCACUGUUCUGUGUUGCACUUAUUCUGAUGCCUUUUUAUUUAAGCACUUUAUCAACAAUAGGAAAUCAGUUUUUAACUGGAAGAUUUUUAUUUUAUGGACACACUCUGCCAUGUUUCACAUUCUUUAUCAGACUUUAUUUGCUUAGAAAUGUUGGGAUAUUUAUGUAGCCAUAAGUAGUAUUCUAAUGUCUAUGAACCUCAACUCAAAGCACAAAGAGGAGCCAGACGACUUGAAUGAGUUCAUUUAGUGGCGCUGCAUCACAACCGGGAUCAACCAAGAGUGACUGCCUUUUGAGGAAAUGUAUAUACUGAACUGUCUAAUUAAGCAAUAAGACCCGAGGGGGUGUGGUAUGGCCAAUAUACCAUGGCUAAGGGCUGUUCUUAGUCACGACGCAACGCGGAGUGCUAGGACACAGCCCUUAGCCGUGGUAUAUUGGCCAUAUAUCACAAACCCCUGAGGGGCCUUAUAGCUAUUAUAAGCUGGUUCCAAAUGUAAUUAGAGCAGUAAAAAUAAAUGUUUUGUCAUACCCGUGGUAUACUGUCUGAUAUACCACGGCUUUCAGCCAAUCAGCAUUCAGGGCUCGAACCACCCAGUUUAUAAUUAGUUAUAUUUUGAAUCUACUAUUGGUUUGAAAAUAUUUUUAAGUCAAUGUUUUAAAUGUAGAAUGAAAACAAGUGCCAUAGGGUGGACUAAUGAACAGAGGGGCUUGUCUCCUGUUAUGGGAAUGGACUGUCUGUUGCUUCUAUAAAUCAGACAAAACCUCAAUGUGGCCAUAUAAGGACAGAAUCCUACAAUGUUUGUCUUUGUGUGAAGGAGAGAUGUCAAAGUACAAAUUGAGGCGUGUGCCACUCCCUGAAGAGUUUUACUGUGAAUGAUAACAGAAACAGUUGCCAAAGCCUUACUGCAAUAAUAAAGUUUGUGUUCAUCUGC